AACAUUAUUAGGUAUCCAGUAGCUGACUGGUCGAACUACAUAUAUUGACUCACUACAACCCAGGCGAGCUCGCACUCCAGCUUCAGUGUGGUUUAGACGCUCCUUUCAGUUUGUUUGGUUUUUGGUUGGCGCAGACCCCCAUCAAUUAGCAGCAAUGGAUGCCAUCAAGAAGAAGAUGCAGAUGCUCAAGCUUGACAAGGAGAAUGCCAUGGACAGAGCUGAGCAGGCCGAGUCAGACAAGAAAACAGCUGAGGACAGGAGCAAACAGCUUGAGGAUGACCUGGUAGCACUGCAGAAGAAGCUGAAAUCAACUGAGGAUGAGUUGGACAAGUACUCUGAAGCCCUGAAGGAUGCCCAGGAGAAACUGGAGCUCGCUGAGAAGAAAGCCACAGAUGCCGAGGGUGAUGUAGCUUCCCUAAACAGGCGUAUCCAGCUGGUUGAGGAGGAGUUGGACCGUGCUCAGGAGCGUCUGUCCACAGCGCUGACCAAGCUGGAGGAGGCUGAGAAGGCUGCUGAUGAGAGCGAGAGAGGCAUGAAGGUUAUUGAGAACAGGGCGAUGAAGGACGAGGAGAAGAUGGAGCUGCAAGAGAUCCAGCUGAAGGAGGCCAAACACAUUGCAGAGGAGGCUGACCGCAAAUACGAGGAGGUGGCCCGUAAGCUGGUGAUCAUUGAGAGUGACUUGGAGCGUACAGAGGAGCGUGCUGAGCUGUCUGAGAGCAAAUGCUCUGAGCUUGAGGAGGAGCUGAAAACCGUGCAGAACAACCUGAAGUCUCUGGAGGCCCAGGCAGAGAAGUACUCUCAGAAGGAGGACAAGUACGAGGAGGAGAUCAAGGUUCUUUCAGACAAGUUGAAGGAGGCUGAGACUCGUGCUGAGUUCGCUGAAAGAUCGGUCGCCAAACUUGAGAAGACCAUCGAUGACCUAGAGGAUGAGCUGUAUGCCCAGAAACUGAAGUACAAGGCCAUCAGCGAGGAGCUGGACCACGCCCUCAACGACAUGACCUCCAUACCAUCUAUACAAGCAGCUUGAGAAAAAUCGCCUUCUGACCAAUGAACUGAGAGUAGCCUUAAACGAGGCUUAAACUGGAAUGGGCUCUCGUAUGCUUUCAUUCUUCUGAAUCUCAAACGUCGAGGCAUAUUGUCUAAUGCUGUGGUAUAUAAAGGGUAUAGACAACUGUGUCUGACGCAAAGCUUAAACCAAGUAAUGCUUUUUAACAAAUAACACACUAUUACAUUUUCACAUUAUGCAUGCUCAAACUACAGUUUCAGAUGGGAGGUCGGACAGCGUCAGGUUAUGAAAACUGUGCAGAAUGAUUUGCUGUAUUUACUCAGUGAUUGAUGGGGCUGUAGCACUUCAGUCCAGUAGAAAUCUGCAUGGUGCUGUUACUCAUGAAGUGAAGGCUGGUGAGGAUGCUAGUGGCCAAUUUCCAAAGAAGUCUCAUACAAUGCUGCAAGGGGUUCAAAAUUACUUUCACAUCGCAGAAUCCCCCUCUCUUAUAACGGCAAACCUGAAAGGAAGACCCAUUUUAGACAAAAUAUAAGAAUUGAAGUAGAAGAUACAGUGUGUUCGGCUGUGCUGAAAACUAAACCGUUGAUAGAUUUGAUUUUAAUGCAGAUUUGACCUGCUCUUUCGAUUGCAUUAACAAUAAAUUACAUUUUCUUUACCCACUGUCCCUGAUGUUGCAAUUUUGGACAAGCAAAACUUUACUUAACAACACAGGAGGAGGUAGUAUUCUUUGGUGUGAAGCAGAAAGGAUCCAUGCUGUGCAUUGGUAUGGAGAGAGAGAAUGUGCACCAUAUCUGUUCAUAUGGCUAGUUGUUAGAAAUAUGUUGGAGCUGUAUGAUAAUAUGGAACAUGAGCCUAUUAAAUGACAGAUUUCUGAAAUCAUUAACUUAGUGUGGUAUUUGUCCAAGAUGGCUUGAUAAGGUUAUUUGUGGCAUAUAAAGGAGGAAGGUGUUUCAUGGAGGUCUCUAAUUUGGGGUUGAAUUUGUGCUCACUUUUUUUUAUUUUUAUUUUUUAUUAAACUGACCUGAAAAACGAGACUUAGACUUGAUAAUGUUUAGGUCAUGGCCGUAAUUUAAAUACGUUGCCAAACCACAGACUUGGCAAAGCCAGUUUGUUGUCCUAAACCUACUUCACCGGUAUGCAGCCUUGACACCACCAUGUCUAUAGCUUUAGCAUAUUAUCUUUAGUGAGUUGGCCCAAAGUAUCAGAGUUGGGAAUAUGAAUUUAAUGAAUGCCACCUUCGGUUUAUUG